AAAUAGGGGACCUGGAGGGAAGACUGGAGGAACACAGAAAGAAGAAAAAAUAUACACAGAGUGGGAGUCAUCACGGUCCACCCCUCAAAUAUCAAUUACCACCAUAUACCUUAUCCAGCUCUUCAUCUAUCCAUCUAUUUUAUUAAUUGAUUUACCAUUCAUCGUCAAUACACCCCCAGACCACCAGCAUUAGGGUCUGCGAACUCCGCCGUACCUUGCUGUAUCGGCGAGUCAUGGGCAUCGAGGCUCAACAAUGGCUCCGUCCCAGACGCUGCCAGACCAAUUCCACGAACCGCUGAAAUUUUCUCCCCGACCUACCCCUCGACUUAAUACCCGCAACGGCGACGGUGACGGUGGCGAUGAUGGUGAUAAUGGUGGAUGGGAUGCCACUUUGAAACCUGUAGCCCACGACUCGUCUUCUGCCCGCGCUAUCGCACACUCGCGCGAAUCCUCCCUCGAAAAACUUCAAUCAGGUGCUCUCGCUGGCAUUCCCGAGUCACCCCAGUCGCCUUCAUCCUCGAUAGCCUCCCCCGGCAUACGAUCAGCCUCGUCGCGUCCGAGUCCUGGUGGCAUAUUUGAGCGCUUGGUCGAUCCUAAGGGCACAACAUACGGGCAUCAUCGCCAAACCUCCAUCGUCCAUGGCAUUCAACACUCGAGAAAUGGAAGUCUCGCAAGUUCGUCUUCGAGUCCUCUUAGCCCACAGAUGAUCGCAGCUGCAGGUGCUGGAAUUCUGCCGGAGCGACCAGAGGUACCUACGAUGAACCGGCUAGAUUCAGAGUUAUCCACAACCUCGACAGCCUCGAUGGCUUCUUCUAGGCCACCGACUGCCUUAUCAGGCACAACAGUCAAUGCGUCCAUUCACUCUCCGGAUAAAGCACAACCUCCUCAAGAAAGCAACGCCAAUUCUACCACCACCCAGAGGAAGGCGGAGCGUAUGCAUAGUAAAACUCGGCGCGACCACGCACAUCACCAUUCGCAUUCGUCAAGACACCAUAGGGACGACCCGAAGACGGUAGGCGAAUAUGCCAUGCACGUGUUAUUUACAUCGUUCAUUGCCAUGGCUGAGGACAAACUACAAGAGUUUAUCACGGUACCUUUUGAUCCCGAACCACCAGUAGAGCAGAUAUGCGGCCCUGGGGCCGACCCUGCCUUUGAUCGCUUCAUUGUAGCCCUGGGCCAUAUCGCGAGUCAAAAGCCAAGACCACUGAUCGAUUCUAUCAUGCUUUGGCGAAAACACAAAAGCGAGGCGGCCAACGAGGCACGGGGCCUCUUGCACCAGUUAAAAUCCAAUCUUCCUACGGCAGCUCUGGUCAGACGAAAUACCGAGCCGUUGCAGCUUUUGACAGCAAACCUUACAGGGAGUUCGGCCGAUACAUCAUCCAGCGUACCGCAAGAUCUAGCUGAGAAACAAAAUGCCGCGGCUCACGCAGAGCGUCGUUCUAUUGUUUCCAUUUACAUACUUUGUCGAGUUCUCUUGGAGGUCAUCAGUCAAAGCAGCCUAACCUGUAUUACUCCUGAGAUGGAGGACAAGCUUGAAGGCAUCAUAUUCGGCCAGCUUAAAAUUGCUGACAUAGAACAGUUAUAUGUAUCCCCCCUAAAGUUGGCUAAUUGGAAUCUUUUCGCCCAGCUCCUUGGCGUCAUGAGCGUGAUAAACUUUCAGAGUGUUUCGGGUCGAUUUAUAGCCGAUUUGAGCCGUUCACUGGGAGAUCUUACUGUCAGAAGUCCGACGUCGCAAAACAGAGAUCCCGAGGGACAGGUAGAAUUGGUCCUAGGUGGCAUGAAACAUCUUCACAUCAAGAUCGAUACAGACGAAAGCUGGGACCAAGCCUGCGAAUUUUUGAUGUCUUUGGGCCGACUGUUUGCGCAGUCUCACGGCCAAAAAGUGAAGUCGGCAUUUUGCCAGAUUUUAGAUACACUUCUCCUCCCCAUUGCCGCCGAAGCCACCAACAAGCAUUUUUCCUAUCUAAAAUGGUCAAAGGUGCUUAGUAACAUCAGCCCUCGCCUAGCAUCGAUGUUUGUAAAGCCACGACAUUGGUUCUCCGCAUUCCCAUUAACGGCAACGAUGCUUUGUGUGUCAUCUCCGGAGAACCUGAGUAAUCAAUGGCUUCAACUGGUUCGGACGGUUCAGCCAAGGCUCAAAGAUCGUGCCAUGCGUGUUCUCUGCCUGCAAAUUAUAUCUAGGCUACUUUGGGCCUAUUUGUAUCGAACAACGGACACUCUCGCUGGAGCUGAACGCAAACUCAACGAAGUAAUGCAACUAGUUUUACCUGCUUCCAAACGCACAUUUUCGAGCACGGAUACAUCAAGCACAGGACCCUUGAUACAGAUUAUUAGAAUCAUCGGUUUCAAGUAUCCGGAAUAUUGCUGCAAGAGUAUCAUAUUCCCCCUAAUCAAUGCCGAACUCUUCAACACGGAUAAAGAACUCAAGGUUGAGCAGUUGGAACCUGACAGAAUCGUUGUUGGAAUUAGGGCGUUCCUCGUGAUUAUGUCGGAUUUAGAAAAGGGUGACCUUGGACGGCCUCCUUUUCCACAGCAAUAUCCUUCCACAUCCUCAUCUGACCGGGCUCCUCCUAGCUCGCCAGCGUCUACAUCGGCUUCCAGUGUGGCAUCCGCGAGUACUUUUAUGCCUAAUCAUGAUGAAUCUCUAGCUUCGCCUGUACAACUGGACGGACUAACAGAGGAUGCUAAAAAGAACUAUAAGAGGUUUUCGGAAAUUUUGGGUAAAAUUACGAUUGUUUGCGACAACACAUUUGGAGGGCAAGCUGCACUUGAUGAGAAGUUCAAUAGCUCAGGAGGACCAAAAACUCCUAUUACCGAAACAUUUAAUUUCUCCAGACGGGAUGAUCAUCCAAGCCCCGCGGACCAGAAGCAAGCCUUCUACGAGCUUCUUCAUGUCGCGGUACAGGCGUUGCCUCGUUGUCUUCCUGCUGAUAUUCCAUUUAAUUCGCUCAUCAAUCUACUUUGCACGGGAACUGCACAUGUUCAGUCUAACAUUGCCGAAUCUUCUGCUCAGUCUCUUAAAGCCAUCGCCAAGCAAUCUUAUGCGCAUCAAGUUACUGUAGGAUUUGCUCGAUUUAUAUUUAAUUUCGAUGACCGUUACUCCACAAUGUCCGAUGGGGGAAUGUUGGGUCCCGGUCAUAUUGAAAGUACUCUACGUCUCUAUGUUGAAUUAUUGCAGAUAUGGAGAGACGAGAUAAGACAAAAAACUAGAGAUGCAGCAUCCGAUCCUACAGAUCUUAAUGGUGCUGACAAACGGGGUAUGAAAUUAGACUUGUCCAGUAUCUGGGCCGAGGUUGAACACGUCGAAGCUCGCGGUCUGUUUUUCCUAUGCUCGCAAUCGCGAAGGGUGCGCCACUUUGCAAUCACAGUCCUUCGGUUAAUUGUUGAGUUUGAUACCGCGCUGGGUAAAGAUAACACGCAAGAAAAGGAUACUGUCCGCCUCAUUGACAUAUUAGAAAAUGAUUCGGUACAAGUGAUGAAUUUUAAAGAUGAGCAUUUGUCUCUCGCAGAGCGAAGCAGGCUACAAAGGGGAAUGCAAAACAGCAACAACAAGGGGGCUCUGAUCGAGCUCUGCACUAGCGACGUUUCGUAUGACACGACCCUCUGGUUUAAGAUCUUUCCUAAUUUUAUACGGAUUGCUUAUGAUCGAUGUCCGUUUACCGUAACUAUCGGGCGGGACUUAGUAUGCAAUCGGAUCUUACAAAUGUACAAAGGCAUUGUGGUUCUGUCGGAACCAACCCGUGGUCUUUAUUAUGGUUCUGAUCCCGGUAGUGCUCGAUACACAGGAAGGACGCCUACGACACAGCCCGAUGUGCUUGUUGAGCAGUGGAAAUUGUACUUGGCUUUCGCCUGUACAACAUUAACUGACUCAGGUGUGACACUAAACGGCUCUUCGCAAAAUAGUCAGCACUCUCGAAAGACAUCUAAGUCUGCUGACAAGAUUGUAUCUGCAAGAACUCUUUUCAAAUUCCUAAUUCCACUAUUGCUAGCCUCCUCGGCUUCUGUGCGAGAUGCCGUUGUGCUCGCGAUGGGCUCGAUUAACAUCAACAUAUAUCGAACAUUGCUCGAGGAACUGCAAGGACAGGUAUCUCGAUGUAAUGAUGAAGCCCGCGCUCGAAUACAUCAGCGGACGAAUAGUGGUCCGCGUAGGAAUCGAAAAAUGGACUUGCUACGAACAGAGCUUACUCACGUGUAUAAACUAACUUGCCACUUUCUCAAGGAACCAGAAGUGUACUCAGACGACUGGAUCCUUAAUAACCUCUGUACAUAUACAAAGGAUUUGAAACUCUUCCUCAUGGACGGCGAGGUUCAAAUGGAUUGGGAGUUCCAGAAAUUGAGGCGGCAUUAUUGCGGCCUGAUCGAGGGCCUUUUCGAGGGAAUUAAUCGUACAAAAGACCCGUCCCGCUGGAUGACAUUUGAGUCGCGGAAGUCUUCCUUCACAUUGAUGGAGGACUGGUGUGGAUUUUCGCCAAAUCAAGUGCAAAUCCGCGCCAGAGAAGAUACGAUGCGACAGUCUCUGAUUGACCAACAAUCUUUGGGCGAGCGAGGUACGAUUACCGCUGCUAUGGAAAUAGAGAAGAGGAACCUGAAGACGGCAGCUCUAAGUGCUAUGGCGGCUCUCUGUGCUGGCCCAGUGACUGUGACCACCGAGAGCGGCGCUACCCUUCAAUUCGACAUAAGACGUAUGCUCAACUGGGUUGAAUCAAUUUUCAGCAAUGGAAGUGACCGUGUCAAUGUCAUUGGGAGAAGGGCUUUGAAGAACUUGAUAAUUUAUAAUCAGGACCAACCAUAUUUCUUGGAGUAUUGUAUUGGGCGAUGUUACCUAAUAGAAAUACCGAAAGUGCUUGAAAGUUACUUUACGGUUAUCACUGAGGUUCUGCUGGAACACAUCGAUUACCCGACACCUUUCUGGAAACUAUUAGGGCUAUGUUUGUUCACCCUAGGAAGUGACCAAAGCGAUAUUCGAUCUAAAUCCGCCCACGUAUUGGGAGCACUCGAGGAGAGACAACAAGCUGCACAAAGUUCUAAGAUUCGAGAUUUCGAAAUUAGCAUUGCGGACAAGACUAAGGCUGUUUAUAAAUUGGCUCAAUUCGAGAUAUCGAAACGACUCGCAAAGCAACACCCUGACGUCGCAUUUCACGUCUUCUCUGAAGUUACGCUGUAUUUCAAAAACCUUCCCCCAGGCGCUCAAAGAAAUGUUGUCGCCGUCAUUCUACCUUGGAUUCAAACGAUCGAACUAAAGGUCGACCCGAAUGGUGGGCCUAUAGCGCAAUCUUACGUACUUCUCGCCAAUCUCCUAGAAGUUACUAUUAAAUCCAGCGCUGCGUUACAUAACGAAGUGCAGGCGCUUUGGCAAGCACUCGCAACGGGACCGCAUCCCGGAAAUGUCCGUCUUGUGCUUGACUUUAUUAUAUCCCUAUGCCUGGAACGGAGAGAGCAGAAUUUUGUCGAGUAUGCUAAACAAAUCGUGGUAUUCUUGUCCAGUACGCCCAGCACACCAGGUAUCAAAGUGGUGGAAUUUCUUUUGAUGCAAAUUACCCCCAAAGCCAUGGUCCCUAAUGAGAAAAGAGAGAUCGUACCGGCACCUCCUGAUAUCAGUCAAUUGCAAGUACCUUAUUGCGCCGAUUUGACCGAGGCUUUACCAGUUGGUACAAAGCAGGCUGGAUUUUCACUAGGGCAAUUAUCUUUGAUACUUUUAGUUGACUUGAUGGUCUCACCUGUGCAACUAAGUACUGAAAACCUAAUAGUCUUAUUGCAAGUUGUAACGGUACUUUGGGAUCAUUACACCCCCCUCGUUCAGGAACAGGCUCGCGAGAUGUUGGUGCACCUAAUUCACGAGUUAGUCGUGUCGAAAAUGGAUGAUGCUACUCCCCUUGAGACGAAAAAGUCGGUUGAGGAUGUGGUCGAUGCCAUUCGACGCCACGAUCGCACCGUAGUCUGGAGUUAUGAAGAGAGCAACGGUAAAGUAGACGGUCGUGAUAACAAGGUACCCCAGAGCAUGGAAUAUUUAACCGCAGAGGUCGUCAAAACCUUCGAGGUCACCUUUCCCGGAAUCAAGGAACAAUGGAGUCGAUUAUCCUUGACCUGGGCCACUUCUUGCCCGGUCAGGCACCUGGCUUGCCGCUCAUUCCAGAUUUUCCGUUGCAUCCUUACUUCUCUCGACCAGUUAAUGUUGGGUGAUAUGCUUGCGAGAUUAUCGAACACUGUCGCGGAUGAAGAUACUGAGAUUCAAACUUUCUCCAUGGAAAUCCUUACCACUCUGAAAACUCUUAUAUCGAAACUUGAUGCUGAAAAACUCAUGUCUUUCCCUCAAUUAUUCUGGACGAUGUGUGCGUGCUUGGACUCCAUCAAUGAGGUUGAGUUUCUUGAAGCUCUCGAGAUGCUCAACGAAUUUUUGGAGAAGCUCGAUUUCCACUCACCAAAUGUCCGAGCAGCUCUUAUGGACGGUCAACCCCCAAGAUGGGAAGGUUCAUUCGAAGGUGUCCAACCCCUACUUUAUAAAGGUUUAAGGUCGUCCGUUUGCCUCCAACCAACGCUUGACACUUUAGAUAAACUUGUUCAACUACCGAGUGGUGAACUCAUUGGGAACGAUGAUAGGCUUUUCUUUUCCAUUCUCGCUAACUUCCCGCGUUUCUUGGAGGCUAUGGAGCAAGGUGUGAUCGACAGAAGGACCCAAGAACCUGCUCAGAUCCUCUUCUCGGUAGCCGAAGCUCAAGGGCUAUCAUCAAUAUGUGGUGCUUUAGGGGCCUACAUAGAUUCACGGUAUCGGUCGACAAGGGAAUUUAUGAUCAAGCUGUUGGUCGCACUCCGCGAAUUCUACUCACCACAACUUGACUUUAGACUAUUGACAACACUCCUCGGUUUCCUUACAAAUAGCAUUCCCUCAGUAAAGGUUACGACAAUGCGACUCCUAUGUGUUGUCAUUCCCGAAAUUGAGAUGCGCAAACCUGAAAUUGCCAACCAUGGCUCUGACUUAAUCUCUCCGCUCUUCCGACUUCUACAAACAGAGUAUUGCAUGGAAGCGUUAGAAGUGCUCGACAAUAUUAUGACCAUGUCUGGGACCCCGAUGGACAAACAUUAUGUUCGAAUGAGCAUGACGAGUGCUGCAUCUAAGGAUAGGAAGGACUAUGAAAUGACUCAGAGUCUGUUCGGCAUACCUGAAGAGUCCGGCUGGUCAAUUCCUGUGCCAGCAAAGAAAACGGAAAUCACACGCGCCAAUAUUCAUGCCGCAUUUUACAUGUGUCAGGCCAAUCCGGAGGAUGGCAUACCUACGGAUCCAACUCCAACUCCAGAUGUCGAGUUCCAUGCUGAUGAUUACCGUUAUGGCUAUUUCGAAAUGCCGGAUAGAACCGAGACUAUGAUGUCUGACGAUGUCCAGGGGGAGACUCAAAUUGCCGACUUAGUAACGAAGCUGGAUAGUCUAGAUGACUUCUUCGAUGAUAUGUCACAAACGUCACCUAGUGAGGGUCGCUCGUCGAGAACUGUGACGGAAUUCGCUCCUGAGAGCUAUGAAUCUGGCGCACGGCUUUAUGAUGACGUCUUGCCAAUCUUACACCAGGCUUCAACUAAUACCUCAUUUCAGAACGGCUUCGUGGACCAACGUGUGCCAAUGUCGAAAGAAGGCAAAUCUAACGCCAUGAACCCAGGCGCUUUCAAUUCUGCCGCAGCAGCUAGGCCAGGACUACACUCACGUUCUGUCACUUCGCCCUCGGCACCGGCUUCAUGGAGCCAACCGCAACUCGGUGAACUGACUUCAGAUGAAGAGUUAACCGAAAACGUAUUCUCUGAUGACGACGAUGAUCGACCUCCAAAUGGGGCGCCAGAGAGCUCGUUCUUUCUAGAGAAUAUGAUCAAGCCGAUUGCAAACACGACGAGGACUCACAUGCGCCGACUUACAGGCGGCGGUAGAUCCCGGGAUGCGGAGAGACAGCGGGAACUGUUCCGCGCGAGACAACAACAGAUCUCUCCGCAGGUUCCUAAGGUGCCACACACGUUCCUACAGCAUAAGGCGAAUCUUUCUAAUGGAGAUAUGCUAUGAGUGUUGGCGUAUGAAGAAUAUGCGAAAUGUGCGAAUACGAGGGGAUGAGAGGACGUUGGAUUAUGUCAGCUACUAGUUUGGGGAGAUAGUGUCACUGUACAGUUGCACUGUCUGGCUUUUUAGUCCUUUGGGGGACAAUUUUUGAGGGACGCAGCAUCAUGGGUUUUGCAAAGCAGGCACUUCAGCUGACGUCCUUCUGUCGAGAUACGCCGACAUAUAUGGUAUCCACGGAUACGUAGUUUACGAAUAAUAUUGGAUAGUGAAUGUGGCAGCGAGGAAUAAAAUAUUUA